CUUGGGCACUUGAGGUAGAAAUAUGAGCGGCAUCAUCUCCCCCUGUUGUCCACCGACGUAAAAUGCAGUGUUCUGGAACAUGAGAAAGGCAACACAUUUCCUCCAGUUCUUUUGUAAGCUGAUAUGAAGUAGACAGACACCUUCUGAAGUUUUGUGCAUGCUGUGCUCUUUUUUUCUUUCCUGCAACAAGAGAAGCCUUUUCUUUUAACCUGGCUUCCUUUGAAGAAGUAACUCAGGAAGCUUCAUGGCCUCUCAAGAACCUCAAGGACAAAUAAACCCAAUCUUUAAGGAUUAUCUCCCUGGUUCUUCUGAUCUUCCUGAGCAGAAUAAGCCUGUUGAAGUGACGAGUGCCUGGGAGCAAACAUCACACUCUCAUAAUUUGCCACCUGGUCUGGAGUACCUGAGCCAGCUGGACCGAAUAAUUAUUCAUCAGCAGGUGGAGCUUCUUGAAGCCAUACUCGGCAGAGAAACCUGCAGCAAAUAUGAAAUAAAAAACCAUUUGGGACAAAGAGUUUACUUUGCAGUGGAAGAAAAUGGUUGCUUUGAUCGUAACUUCUGUUCGCCUAUACGGUCUUUCACCAUAAGGAUUGCUGAUAACACGGGCCGAGAAGUGAUUACAGUGAAUAGACCCUUGAGAUGCAACAGCUGCUGGUUCCCAUGCUUCCUGCAAGAGUUAGAAGUUCAGUCUCCACCAGGCACAGUAGCUGGAUAUGUUGUCCAGAAGUGGGACCCCUUUCUGCCUAAAUUUACUAUACAGAAUGAAAGUAAAGAAGAUGUACUAAAAAUAAUUGGCCCAUAUGCAACUUGUGGCUGUUUUGAAGAUGUUGACUUUGAGGUAAAAGCUCUCAAUGAAAUGUCAACAAUUGGCAAAAUUUCCAAGUACUGGUCUGGAUUCGUAAACGAUGUAUUUACCAACACUGCCAACUUUGGGAUCCAGGUCCCAGUAGAUCUUGAUGUGAGAAUCAAGGCAGUAAUGAUUGGUGCUUGUUUUCUUAUCGACUUAAUGUUCUUUGAAAAUUCUUUGGAUGGAUUAUAACAAGAUGGUAGAAACAAUAAAAUAUGCAGAAUGUAUUUCAAAAUCCCCUGAGCUUUGGACAUGAUUUUGAACUGCACAGAUCCAUGCUCCCUAUAGGGAAAGGAGCUACUGAUGAUGUUUAUUAAAAUGUCUCAUGUAAAUAAUAAUAUCCUACUUAUGUUUUAUGUGCAUUGUAGCUAAACAUAUACUUCUCAUACAGAGCACUGUUGCUUUGGAACAGUGCUAUUCUCUUCUUCCUCUUUUGAUGUUUCUGCAUGGGAAAUCAUGAAAGAUUAGACUAAGGCUUGCAGCGUCACCGAUGAAAGUCUAUGUUUAGAGAACCCUUUGAUGUUCUGCAAGUGCUGGUACCAGUUAAUAACCACGGUAGAGUUUGUUCUGGGGGUUUUGCUUUGGCAUUUUCAUAAUUUUAGAAGUCAUUUUCUGAUUUGUUAUUUAAUUAAUAGUAACAAACUGAGUUUGAUAAUAACAAGUAUAAAGACAUCACCCAAUGGGAAGUUCAAUGUGGUGUCUAUUUAGGGAGUUGUAGGAAGGGAAGAGAGGUUUACUAGUAAUUUAAUUUUAUGGCAAAGAUUUAUUUAAUGAGUGACUGCCAAAAAAAGGCUUCCAGCACUAGACUUGAGCUAAACUGUAUUCAGUUCUGUAUUCUCCCACUGCUUAUACUGAAGGCAGGCAAUAAGGUUUGCCAGGCAAUCCUCUGUGUGCUGGAUGCGCACAAAUUGCCUACCGUUUACACUGCCCAGCGUUGAGAACGCUUGCUCCCAUCUACCGGGGAAUUCCACUAAAAGCUUUUUUUUCAUCUUCAUAAUAUCUGGCAAUUGAUAGCUUUUCUUUCAGCCUAGGCUGCCUGAGGCCAACCCUAGAGCAAAUUCCUUCUAGGGACAGAAUCAUUCUCUUCCUUUGGCAGAUCAGGUGUUUUCUGCGAUAGGCCUAUGCAGUAGGAGCUUUUUGUGUUUACUUCAGAUGGCAGAGAACCGAAACGUAGAACUAUACCUUCAGGUCACAGCUGCGCUGGUACUGCCAAGAGAGCUCAUAAAUAGUCAUUGGAUGGGCUGGUUUAGAUAGCUCUUCACUCCUGCUGUCACACCUAGUAAUACUCAACUGUUCCAAAACUUUCAUGCCAACAUGCUUUUACUUAUACAAGUUUAGAGAACAACUUCACUUUAUAGAGCAUUCAUGAUAUAUAUUUAAGACCUAUACCGAAAAGAUUAUUUGUUGCAAAAUAUUUGUUGUAUGAAUUUGCUUACGCCUUAUUCUCUCUUUAAAAAUUCCAGUGAGUCCUUCAAGAAAAAAAACAGUACCGUAAAAUAUUGGUGAUAAAUUGGCAAAAAAUAACACAGUCACUGCCCAGUUUCCUAGGGGAACAUUUUAUAAGUCACCUGGAAUACUGGAUUUUUUAGCAUGAACUAGUAAUUGAAUUCUUGUAAAUAACCAACACAGCAACGGAAAGGAAAGGAGAUGAUGAAUAAUUCAUAAAAAUGAAAAAGAGCAAAAUUUAUCAGGUGAUUAAUUCUCAACAAAUAUUUAGACUAAUUCUAAAUUAAUGUUCAUGGAUAUGAAUUCAAACACAGUGAAGCCAGGAAGUUGCAACUAACGUUUCCAUAGUGAAAUUAACUCAGGAAUGUUUAUAGAUUUAAACUGUGUGUUUUAGAUUAUACGCCACACUUACAUAUUUAUAUAGAUUUACAUAUAUGUCUCGAAAAUGAUUGUGGUUAAUAAGCUCUGACAACUAUCAUUAUCUGUUAAUCAUUUCACUACUGGCUCUUGCCGUAAUUCAUAGCUGCGCACUCAGGCUGGAAUCUGCAGAAGUUACAAACUCCAUAGGGAAACACUAUUGGCACCUUUCUCAGGAGAAAGCACCCUGUGCAAUAGCUAUUAGCUUUAUGGGCAAGAAGCUCCCUCGUGUGGAAAUUCAUAGUUUUGCAGAAGAAAACAGAUGGCAGCAGAUCCUAUUUGCUAUUCUCACUAGUUUCACACUGGUGAAACUGGACUCUUGGUCCUGACUUACUCUAAUGCAGAUUGAGCAAAAGAGGCAGAAUUGCUAUUUUAAUUUACCCCUCUGAAUCCUACUUCUGCCAUCCUAGGCAGAAGUUAUUAUCAUUGUAGCAAUGAUCUUUCACCUUUUUAGGUGCAAAACCACGUUCUUCAGCUACUGUUGAGCCGUGUGUGUCUGAAUGCCCGACUGGCUGAACGAAGUGCCUGAUGAGAGCGGCAGGCUGCUGUGCUCAUGUGUCCUGUGCAAUAGCCAGGAUUCAUAUGACCCUUAACAACCUAAGAGCAUCUUUGAAGCAAGUGCGUUCACUGCCAUUGAAGUCAAUGCAAAACAGGUCUCAAUUUCCAGCAGGGCUGAAUUUGGCUGUGAGUGUCCAUAUAUACCAUGUAGGUAAGCAAUACAUACUUACAUAUGUUUUAUAUACAUUGCAAACAGAUUUCUUGCACUUAGUGACUUUGUUGCUAUUUUGUGUGCUAGUAUGCCCUUUAAAAAAAAAAAAGAAAACAUAACACUUGCAUAUUUGCGUGAACAUGCUGGAAUGCCCCUGCCUACACCCAGUGACAGCUUUUGGGACAUGCAGGAGCUCAUUCUGUCCCUGAAUAAAACAAAGCCCUGGGUCAGCUGCAGCGUUUGCUGGCUCGAGAACUUCCUCAGCAGCCUGCCUCACUUCAGUCAUGUCCUGCAGUAUCUUGGUAGUGCCAAUGCCAGCAUUUUUGCACUGGAAGCACCUUCAUCUAAACCAAAACUGCCACAGAAGGGCAUCUCCCUAUCCUAGCAAAGGCGAUGAAGUUCUCAGUCACUGACUAAAGAAAAUUCAGCAUAUACAAAUAUUUUUAAAAGCUGCAAUCAUAAAAUAACUGUUAACUUCUUAUUAUUGAUAGCAAUGUAUUUGAUAUUAUGAGAGCUCUAUAUGCUCCUCACAAAACCCAGUUUUCACUAUUGCUCCCGAGGUUAGGAGUGACUCCUCAAAGGAGAAUUCAGUAUUCCCCCAAAGGGGGACAGACAAUCUCUAAAGCAGAAUCAUGUACUUACACAGCUGUAACAGUUAAAAGGGAUAAAAGUGGAAACUCUCCUGAACAUCAUCUAGAGAGAAAGGUGUUUGCUCUUAUGAAAGAGAUAUUUUAGCAAAUCUAGCAAAGCAAAUAGUUUC